AUGCCACAACUAGAUACAUCAACAUGGCUCCUUACCAUUCUCUCUAUGAUCUUCACCCUAUUCGCACUACUCCAACUAAAAAUUUCAAAACACUUCUACUCUCCCUCCCCCAAACCAAUGGAUACUAAGCUACAAAAACAACAAACCCCUUGAAAUUACACAUGAACGAAAAUCUAUUUGCCUCUUUCAUAA